AGUACUUCAGCAUCUCUUCAUAGGAAUCUCAGUUAGCUGGUGGGCUCGCAUCACACAGUCGUGCGAGAACGCCUAUCACGACGGGAGUAGGCUACAUCUCUUGGAAAGUAUGAAAUGCGGAAUAAAGGAGGAAUUUGACAAAUUCAAGUGAUAUCACAAGCAACCUACUUUUAAGGGAGAAGGAAAAGAGGCGUUUUACAUCCUCUAGGCGCGGAGCAUGGGAACUGCCGUGUCCAAGAGGAAGAAUUUAAGGAACGAUGCGAUUUCUUCUGUUGCCGCAAAAGUUAGAGCAGCCCGAGCAUUUGGAGAGUACCUGUCUCAGAACCACCCAGAGAGCCGCAACGGAUCAGCGCACCUGCUGUCUGACACAUUCAUUGGCCAAGAUACGGACUCACCAGACUUAAGCAGGCUGCACAAUAAUAACCUUCACCCUUACGCGUGUGCUACAACUCCACCUGCCAAGCCCAGCCAAGCUCAGCCCAACCACCUGGCUCUACCUAACACCACCACCUCCACCACCACCACGGCAGGCGGCAACACCACCAGUGGCGGCACCGGUACCGGUAAUACCUGCUCGUUGUCCUCCAAGCGCCACCUGUCGGUGGAGCGCAGCUUCUCCUCCGAGAGUGACUCCCAGCCACCGCCUCCACAGGCACUGGCCGGCGGCGGGGGCAGGGGCAGCGCAGCAGCGGAGGGACCGCACAAGCCGGCGCGCGUCUACACCAUCACCCGCGAGGGAGGCAUGCUGGGGGGCCGCGGGAGCGAGGAGAGCCUGGAGCUGGACGUGCUGAAGCCCGCGCAGGGCCACGCCAUGACCACAACGACCUCGUGCCACCAGCCGCAGCCGGGGAUUGGUCAGCCUGCGGCGCUGCGCGGUCAUCACCGUGGCGGCGGCAGCAGCAGCAGUGGGCACCACCGCGGAGGCAAUGGCCACGGGCAGCAGCAGCAGCAGCAGCAGCAUGCCAACCCGGGCCAGCCCCUGCAGAGCUCAAGGAGUGCCCACAACAUCCGCGAGUGGAGCGGCCGGCGGGGAGGCUCGCGCGAGGACUGCAGCCCCGACUGCGUGACGGCGUGCAUCCGGCCGCCCUGCCGCAGCCAGCGCUCGCUGGACCUAGACACCUCGCCGCGGGGGGACACCGGACGCCACCGCAAGAAGCUGGAGAGGGGCUACAGCGAGGACCGCACCUGCAUGGACGACAGAGAGGACAACGCCAACAACUGGUUCCCCAAGGAGAACAUGUUCAGCUUCCAAACGGCCACCACUACCAUGCAGGCUAUAUCGGCUUUCCGGGGCAUUGCCGAGAGAAAGCGGAGAAAAAGAGAGCAGGAAGCUACUACGCUGAUGGAGAGAAACUUCCGGAAACACCUGCGCAUGGUGGGAAGCCGUAGGAUGAAAGUUCAGACAUUCGCCGACCGCAAAGCCAAGAGUUUCAGCCGCUCCUGGAGUGACCCCACCCCCAUCAAGCCUGACUCGCUGCACGACUCCAGAGACAGUGCGGACCUGCAGACGUCCUCGGGGACGCUGGACGAGGUUGUGUGUGAUGACGUGGACUGGGAGGAGGAGAAGGAGAUGGAGAGGCUGGCCUGCGAGGGCGACUUCAUCCCACCCAAAAUUAUGUUGAUUUCAUCUAAGGUGCCAAAGGCUGAGUACGUACCCAACAUCAUCCGCAGAGAUGAUCCGUCUAUCAUCCCCAUCCUCUACGAUCAUGAGCACGCUACGUUUGAGGACAUUCUGGAGGAGAUCGACAAGAAGCUUUCCGCCUACAGGAAAGGCUGUAAGAUCUGGAACAUGCUCAUUUUCUGUCAGGGAGGCCCGGGGCACUUGUACCUUUUGAAGAACAAAGUGGCCACAUUUGCAAAGGUGGAGAAAGAAGAGGAUAUGAACAAUUUCUGGAGGAGGCUGAGUCGGAUGAUGAGCUUACUGAACCCGGAGCCUAACCUCAUCCACAUCAUGGGUUGCUACGUGCUGGGCAACACCAAUGGAGAGAAGCUUUUCCAUAACCUGAAGAAACUGAUGAGGCCAUAUGCCAUUGAGUUUAAGUCACCACUGGAGCUGUCGGCACAGGGUAAGGAGAUGAUCGAGACGUACUUUGACUUCCGCCUCUUCCGUCUGUGGAAGUCCCGUCAGCAUUCCAAGCUCCUCGACUACGAUGACCUUUUGUGAUGCGCCUGGCUUUGAGGCGGAGAGAGCUUUCAUUGACGAGGCAGCUCGUCAUGUCAUUUUUUUGAAGAGCCCUUUUGGUGGUGGUGAUGACAUUUCCUACCAUGGCCAGGGCCGGCCAGAAGUCUUGAUGGUGACUGGGACAGCCAGCUGGACGAGCGCUCUGCAGUUAGUGUUGUCCUCCUGUUGACCUCUGACCUCUUAAGAUGGGACAGAGGACAAGACAGGGGCAGAGACAGCCAGACGGAGAAAUGGAUGGGUAUUAGAAAAGAGGGAUUCUUAAAAGGUGCUGUUUCCUCCCCCCUUUUAAUUCCAUUUUUACUCUCAACUACAAGCCUAUGAAGUAGCUGAGUGAGUGAUGUGAGGAGGGAGGAUACGAGAGGAGACUACAAAGGAAGAAAGAUAAGACUUAGCAUCUAUCACCUGUUAGAGCUGUGUGGGGCUGUAGACACGAUGGAGAAAGAUUAUGAAGAAAAGUCGAGGAAAGGCACCAUACUUGGCAGCAUACUGCUAGAAGGAAAGAAAUGUAGGAACUAAAAGGGGGUGCUUGACCUCUUCUCGUAUUGACUUAGAGGGAGAAAGGACACAGUAACGUCUGUACUGAAAGUCUGUGUACCAUUUAGGUGAGGACUUGCAGUGGCCGAGAAGGCAUCUGUUCUCAGAGUCUCUUCCAUAAGAUUAAGAUAUAUUUAUCUACAUGCUUUUCACCAGGAAGAAAAGCCAAAGCCAAUAUUUCAUGUUUCUACACAUAUAUAUCCCAUAGAGACAUUUUAGGCUAUAUAGAUAUCGAUAUAUAUAUAUAUAUAUAUAUUUAAACGUAUAUAUGAAACAGUUAAGUCAUAUACUCCGAAUAUAAAGAAUAUUCAUGUUAUAUUGCACAUCUUUACUGACUGUACUCGUGUGGUGUUUUUUGUGUGUGUGUGUGUGUGUGUGUGUGGAGACUGUUAGGGGAGAUCUAUCUCAGGUUCUUAAGCUUUCGCUGACCUCCUUAGCGCCUCCAUGGCCGGCCACACGUCAGCAUCUUGGCCAGACGGGGGCCAAGCGUCGCAUCAAGUGUGCUGCACUGAGUUUUCAGAAAGCUCAGCAGGACGUCAGCACUUCUGUAUAUCAGGACAUUUGAGCUUCUUCAGGCUGUGGAAGGUAGAUGUUGGGGUGGCAGGAGUCAUGGAAAUUAUCAUUGACACACACGUGCUUUGGCAUGUGUGUGUGUGUGUGUCUGUGAGAGACUGAUAGAGAGUAAGAGCAAGUGUGUUUUUAGAUUUCUAAAGUUAGUUUUUGUGUGAAACGUCAGCAUGUGUUGUGUCUCCGCCAUGUUCUUAGCUUUGAGAGAGACAGCAAGAGCCACUUUUAUCCCCGGCUGUUGUGCUCUCCCUAUUAAAUAGUGGUCAGCCUCAGUGCUGAACGGUUUUCUUAGAACUUUCUUAGCGACGGCUGCUUUCAGCUACUCAAACCCAAUUCAGACUGUGAAGUGAUGAACAGUGACCUCCUGUUAAGUUGUAUUGUGAUGUACUAACAUAGAAGUUCCUAUAUUUUUCCUUAAUAUCAUAUGUACUUGAUCUACAUAGUAUUUGUUAUACAUAAUACAUUUUUACAUUUAAGGCCACAGAUGGACAUAAAGUUGUUAUAUGGAAAGCUUGGGGACAUAAUAAUUGAAACCAAUAGAUUUUACUGACAAGUUAAUGAGAGGUACAGUAGGUGAUCGUUGUUGUUUCAAAAAUGUGUGGUCUUUAGUUAGAUCAUCAGAAACUUAACAGAAAGAAUAACAGACAGUAAUAUAAAAGAACGUGUGGAUGUUUAGAAACACAUCGCUGUACUAGUCUGUGAAUGUGCAGUAUUUUGCUCACCAGCCGUGACAUGCUUGUUUGCUGUGACUACAGCUGCCAGGCUCCAUGUUGGUUUAGUCAGCAGCAGAGCAAUAUGGACAGCUCCCAUACACGCUUUCCUGCACACGCCGCGUUUGUCGAGGAGGGUGGUCCAUUUGAUUUUUACAGUGUUUGUUUGUUUGUUUGUUUGUUAGGGCUCAUAACAUUGCAGUCACAGAGGUGAGUGGGUCAAUGAAUGUGAGGAAACUCAAUGUUCAUUCUCGACUAUCUGUGACCAUUUUGUACACCAGACUGACAAUGUGUCUUACUCUACAUAAACAGCUGUAACAUUGUAAAACAUUUUAAAAACAUUGUGUUAUAUAUCAUGAUGCUCUUCAAAUGAUAGAAUAUAGCUGGAUAAUUCUAAAGAUGUAAACAUUGCAUGUUGCUUCACGCACAUUAUAUUACCUCAGCGUGAAGUCCAUUGGCAUACUUUAAAAAAACAGAAGAUAUUGUAAUGUAUUCAGUCAUUUAUUAAUGUUUGGCUGUAAAGUUCAUGUAAUCUGGAGUGAUGUGUGUGUGUGUGUGGUUGUGAAUCACUGGUGGUGGGGACUGAGUUUGGGAAUGCCAAGAUGGCGAGCCAAACACUGCUGGGUGAAGUGAUGAUGAUGACACUCGG